AUGUUCACGGACCUGCACACCCCUCUCUACUGCUGCUCAUGUUCAAGACAAUCACCUCGUAUCUCGUCGACGGUGGUGACGGCGCUCCUGAUGCACAUGGCACCGCUCAUGAACACAACGUUGGACGAGCUCCGGCGGCUUGCCUGUCUGCACACAACGGACAACAGGCUCUUCCAGCGGCUGCGGCGUACGCCCGCGUUCGCGCUGUUGUCGGGCAAGGAGGGGAUCAUCACAGCCGGGAGCGCUCCGGUGGACGACGUUGAGAUGCUGGAUGUGCCAGAGGAUGAGGGCGUGGAGUCGUCACCCCGGUUCCCGCGCUUCCAGAAGUGCAUGCGAGUGUCCAAGUCCAUCGCGAAAGGUUGUAUGUGGGAGCUCUCGCGCAUUGUCGCCUCCGAGGAGGAGCGGAUGCGGCGGAAGCUCGGCCACUUCAACACUUGCGUCCCCGCACUCGCACAAUAA